AAAUAAUGUAAUAGGAGGAGAAAGGAAGAUUUGAGAUUAAAAAGUGGUAUCCUGUUGCUUUUUGGUGUAUAUAAACAUUUUGAGUAUUAGCUUGGAGCUUGAAGGUUGAACAUUGCGCUAUUUGUAAAAAUCAUAUAAUGGAAAAAUGUAUUGAAUGUGAAGGAAAGGAUCCAAAAGAGAAUUGUAAUACUCAAUAAGGAAAAUGCGGGCAUGCUUAUCAUGAACAUUGCAUAAGAUAAUGGCUUAAAACAAAAAAUACAUGUCCAUUAGAUAAUAAAUAAUGGGAGGAGGAAAAGAAAGGGAUUUGAGUAAAC